CCCAGACUGUCCUCCAGCCAUUAUUUCCCUUGCAAAAUCCGUUGCUCAAGAACUCAAUGGUUGAGCCGGUCAGUCUUCUGUUGGGAGCACCCUAUUUGUGCGAAAUACUCAAUGAUGCUCAAGGACGACAACUUCGAUCUACCAUGGAUAUCCCCACGCUCUUGGUGGAUACGUUCCGCUCAUAUACCGGAAACCAGGAGUAUGGCAGGUUGCGCCUCACUCAUUCACCAACCCAUCACCAUGUCUACCGGAAAACUCGCCCAAGCUCUCUACGAGGUCCUGAAGCAUGGUCGUCCUCAAACCACUGCUGCCCUCGCUAUCGCUGUACGGUGCGAAACCGUGCUGGUUCUGCCGCACCCGUUGGAGGUGUGCAGAAGACCACAAAGCCAGCCCAGAAGGCCAAGGCUGUCCCAACUUGGAGACAGCGAUGAGUCCAAGAUCAUGAAUUCCAACUUGAGUUUGAGUUUUAAGGAACGGCAAAUGCAGUAUGCACCAGUUCGACCUACAAUGUGCUCUCGAGCCGCCGAUCUCGACAAUGCGAAGCACCGCUUCGCCGCAUCCGGAAUACCUCUUCGACUACCACACAAAAAGCAUACGGGGCGUAGCCACCCGCCUUUCGAGGUGGGUAUCAAGGUCCCAUGGCUUCUGGGUCUUUUGGAGGUUAUGGAGGAGAGUAUGGUGAUGUGAUGGCUGCUGGGAAUGUAUACUUCCAUGAUUAGGUAGAGGGAAGAUGAAGUCCUUCCUGAGGGAUAUUGUGCGAGCUACCGGAUCAGGAGGAGGAAAGACGAAACGGUCCUAGAGCAAGCGUCGGGGGCUUUACCUACAAGGCCAGAGGAGAGAGGAGGAGCACCAAGAAUGCUGUCCGUUGAAUCUUCUGGGAACGUGGACAAACCAGGAAGCUGACUCUACCAAUGCUUUCAUUGCGCAAGUAUGAAUGUUGAUCUGAAUUG